CCGCCCUGGGGACUGCGGUGCCAGACCCGGCGCGGCGCCCGCGGGUCCGCCUGCCCGCCCCCGCCCCCGGCCUCCUGGGCCCGCGCUCAGUCGCCCCCAGUCUUCUCGGGCCCGCGCUCAGCGGUCCUCCCGCCUCCGGCCGGGCCCGCGCUCGGCCUUGCCUGUCCUCCCGCCCUCUGUGCCACCAUGUUUGUCCCCUGCGGAGACUCGGUCCCCGACCUCGCGGGCCACACCCUCCUCAUGCCUGCAGUAUCUGUUGGAAAUGUUGGCCAGCUUGCAAUAGAUUUGAUUAUUUCUACACUAAAUAUGCGUAAGAUUGGUUACUUCUAUACCGACUGUCUUGUGCCGAUGGUUGGAAACAAUCCAUAUGCAACUGCAGAAGAAAAUUCAACAGAACUCUGUAUAAACGCUGAAGUAUAUUCAUUGCCUUCAAAGAAGCUCGUGGCUCUUCAGUUAAGGUCCAUUUUUAUUAAGUAUAAAUCAAAGCCAUUCUGUGAGAAACUGCUUUCCUGGGUGAAAAGUAGUAACUGUGCCAAAGUUAUUGUUCUUUCAAGCAGCCAUUCAUAUCACCGUAAUGAUCUACAACUUCGCAGCACUCCCUUCAGAUACCUACUUACACCCAUUGUGCAAAAAAGUGUUCAAAAUAGAAUACAGAGCCUUAAUUGGGAAGAAAUGGAAAAAAGCCCAUGCAUUCCUGAAAUAGAUGAUUCUGAGUUUUGUAUUCGUAUUCCUGGAGGAGGUAUCACAAAAACACUCUAUGAUGAAGGCUGUUCUAAAGAAAUCCCAGUGGUGGUUCUGCUGAAAUUUGUUUCAGAAGGAGACAAUAUCCCAGAUGCAUUAGGUCUUGUUGAGUAUCUUAAUGAAUGGCUUCAGAUAAUCAAACCAUGUUGUGAUGACCCCACAGCAUCUGCCUUGCAGUGGAAAAUGCCGAGUUCGUGGAGAUUACUCUUUGGCAGUGGUCUUCCCCUGCACUUUUCUGAUCUGUUUUCAGUUUUAUACAUUAUGUCCCAAGACACUUACUACCAACACAACUGUUAAACAACUAUAUCAAAAGUUAUACUAUCUGAGAAUGUAUGGGAAAUAAAUCUUUACUUUUCACAGAAAAUCUCAGAAAAUGGAUUAAAAGUUGUUUUGCCAUGCUUUUCACUAUAUACAACAAAUGUAAAUUUUGUACAAUAAAAUACUUCCUGAUUUUGUCUGAAA